GUUGUGUCAGCUGAUGAGGGAUCGGCAGGCCGGCAGGACUCCAGCCUAACUGCCUGCCUGUCUGCCUGCCCUCAAUCAGGAGCUGCCCCCUAUCCACACAGAAAGGAGGAAGCGGGUGGAUAAAGCCUGUUUGGUUUAUUUUUUUAUUUUUUUAACUCUCUUUCAUCAAUUUUCACCUUUACACUCUCUCUCUCUCUCUCUCUCUCUCUCUCUCUCUCUCUCUCUCUCUCUCCACACCGGAAGGAGAGAAAGAGAAGUGAGGUUGUGUGUUCUUUCUGUUCCUCUUUUUUUUUUUUAUUACCUGUUGCUCUUCUCUGCUCUGGGAGCUGAUAUUUACUGCGUGACACCAGAUCCUGUCGCCACAGCGUGCACCAUGGGGUCUGAUGAUUCGUACAACUUUGUCUUUAAAGUGGUUUUGAUAGGGGAGUCUGGUGUAGGAAAAAGCAAUAUUCUGUCCCGCUUCACCAAAAAUGAGUUCAAUCACGACAGCCGCACAACCAUCGGUGUCGAGUUCAGCACGCGGACAGUUCAGCUGGACAACUUCUCCAUCAAAGCUCAAAUCUGGGACACGGCGGGGCUGGAGCGCUACAGGGCCAUCACCUCAGCGUAUUACAGGGGAGCGGUCGGGGCCCUGUUGGUCUAUGACAUCACCAAGCACCUGACCUAUGAGAGCGCCGAGCGGUGGCUGAAGGAGCUGUUCGACCACGCGGACCCUCACAUGGUGGUCAUGCUGGUGGGGAACAAGAGAGACCUGGAGAACCUCAGGACCGUGCCCAAAGAGGAGGCCAGGGACUUUGCAGAGAAGAAAGGUUUAAUGUUUAUGGAAACAUCAGCGUUGGACUCCACCAACGUCGAGGCUGCUUUCAAUGAAGUCCUCUCUGAGAUCCAUAGGAAGGUGGCCAGCAGAGAGGUGACCCGCGGCUCCAUUAGUGCUGUAACUCUAUCCAGCCCCAUUGGGCUGGCCAGCGAGGCACAGGACGAGCACAAAGGCUGCUGCAAGAGCUAACAGACGAGCGGCCCCCAUGAAAAUAAAGUUUCUGCACAGGCCAUGUUGAAACAACAUCACGCUUGACCGUCGCUCACGUCAUUCACACAAAUUUUGAAGAGCGAGGUACCUGCUUGAGACAAACUUCCUUCACUAUAAAAGCUGUACAGUGGAUAAAUCAAAACCAAAACAUUUUUUACACUAUAUUUCCUGUGGUGAGCAAUUGGUGCUUCUACUUUAGAUCAAUCUGUUUUUUCCUUCCUCUCAUCUUCAUAUUGUUAAGGAGAAGCUGUAAAGAUGUGUUGCUUUUCUACAGGAAUGCACUGGGAUUCAUUUUGAAUAAAUUAUUUAUGUCAUUCUGUCUGCAGGUAAUUAAUACACAGAAAUGAAUGUAUUAGUGGCAUUACACAGAUAAUCUAAAUGAGGGACUAGGAGAGAGGGAUGAUGUUAAAGAAAGAGUCAAAGAGUAUGCAGCUGUGGUACUGAGCCUGUGGAUUAAAAGAGUUUUAUAUUGAG